CCCCCACCUCUCCCUCUGCAGCUGACAGCUACCCAUGUCCACCUCCAUACUGAGAUGCUCCUUGGUCUAUAUGUAAGAGACGACGAGGCCCAUCUGUGUCAGUAGACUCCAUGCUAUCCUGGGUUGGGGAUUUCCAAUCAAUUGAUAGACCCACAAUGCAUGUGAGACAUGACCAACAAGACGCCCUGGGAUAACUCGAGCAGUAUGUGCAGCAUGGAUCCAACAGCCGGCUGCUCCCCCACAGUUCCUGAGCCAGAGCUCUAUCGCAGCAUCCAGGCUGUGCUGCCCAGGGACACGGACAGCCAGCAGCACCCAGACUGUUUCAACAAAGGCAUGCUGAGAUGGACGCUUCAUAAGAAGGUUCUAAACAAUCCUGCCAACAGCUUAUCUCUGAUAUGGGUGCUGAUAAAAGAGCUGGAGAAGGCUGAGAGAUGGGACUCUCGUAAAUGCAUCAUCCCUCUGCUCCACACACUGAUGUAUGCCAUCAUUCAGACAGCCUACAUUCCAGAUGAGCUGUACAAGCGGCUUUACGACUUUUGCAAGAGACUCCUGACAUACCCUCAUCCCUACUGCACCGUAGGCCUCAGCUACACGAGACAGAUAAAAAUUGAGCGCUCCAUUCCAGGUCUGAUGUACCAAAGGAUGGUCACAGCAGAGCAGAGGCUAAAAAAUGAGCACUAUCCCUUUCAAGAUAGGGUCUUUGUGCUGGCUGACCCAGAAGUCUUCUCUGGUUCUUUGGGACAAGUCCUGUUGGGUGAUAUUGAGGCAUCUGCUUCAGCUUCAGGUGGAUCUCUAAGUCCUCUAGAUCACAUGCGCAGUGUGGUGCAACACUCCAUACAGGCUGCUUUAGGAACAGAGCAUUGCCACGGGCAGAAACUGGCUCGAGCCCUAAAGGACAUGGGUCAAGACGUUGAGCCGUAUUUUCAGGAAGUGUUGGCGACCCUAGAGCAGAGUGUGGAGGAGGGCGGCAGAGGGGAGGGGGGAGCGCUGAGGAGCCGUCUUCAGCAGCUGUACAACGAGAUCAUCGCCUACACAGAAUCAGAGCCAUUGUCCAGUGGACCACUGCGUGACUGCCCUCUUCCUAACCCAGAGAUGAGCUUCCACCUGUGGACGGAGGAGCUGGAUAUCUGGCGAGAGCUGGCCAAGUGGUUUCGAUCCAGCUCCACGUCGGAGCAGUUCUCCCUCAGUCUGGAGCAGGAGGACUUUGAGCUGGGUGAGUCGCCAGGUGACCUGAUGCCAUCUGACAUGACUCGCUUCUCCAUCAUGUCCAACGACAGUGGCAUCGAGAGAGACCUGCCCCUCAGUGCUGAUCCCUCCCCAUUGUCACUAUCUCUGGACACUGCCAGCUUGAGGGCAUCAUGGGAACAAUGCAAAAGUGAGCAAGAGUCAUCGAAGCUGUCACGGCGUGGAGGCAUCAAGAUGAAACCAUCUAUGAAGGACAGUAUGGUGCUGAUGCAGGACACCCUGGAGGACCACACAAGCCUCGGAGGAGGAGGAGGAGGAGGAGGAGGAAGUGGAGGGAGGGGCGGAAGAAGAGGGGCGACUCUGCAGAGGCGGGCAGGAAACAGCACGAUGCAGAACCCCUUCCCCAAGCAGCAGAGAAACUUUACUGCCAGGAUAGUUGUCAUGGGGGAUGACAGGGUAGUGGGCCGCCUGGCCAAGGCCUACUACAUCUUCAGAAAAAGGGAAGCACGGAGGCUUUUUCUUACAAUGAAAGUCAACCUCCAGUUUUACUACAUCCCUGUUUGCAGGGCUGCAAAUCCCCUCUCCUCUGCCAAGGAAAACCUCCAUCAAUUCAAGGGGAAUCCCUGCACUCUUGGUUCCUACUUGAGCAUGGUGGACCCAUGGUACAACUCGAACAUCAAGAGUUUAGGCUGCAUGAUCCCCAAACUGGCUGAGAUGCAACAGGCGAACCCAGGGAAGCCAAAAGAGCCCUUUGUGUCUGAUGUUAUUUCCUACUACGUUCGUACCGGCCAGCAGCCUGUCUACUUCGGUAUCUACUUUGUUAAGAUCACAUUCACCAGCAUGACAAGGGAUCCUGUGGAAGAUGUUUUUCUUACCCAUCUAGAAAUGGAGUUUCCUGAGUUCAGACAGAUCUCAGCGUCAAUUAGAGAUAAACCGAAGAAGAGCUCAGCGGAGGCAUGCGGAGCUGUUGUCUCAAUGAAUUACAGAAAGGUGACAUUAAGUGGCCGAGACAUUGACAAAGGAAUCUCAGUCAGGACAUCAGGCGCUCAGAUCAACGCUAUUCCCUCCGAUGAAGCAGAAGAUCUGAACUGUUUGACACUGACAUUGAAUGAAUCGCUGACAAAAACUAAAAACAACAAUGUGUCUCCGAUUCGGACGAGCAACAUUAAGAUUCGCACUUUGGAGAGUCGAUCUUUCACUCUUACACUGGACAGAGAUUAUCGCAGGACCUACAGAGAUGUGCAGAGCAUCGAGAUCUCACCGUGUCUUGAUCCGGGAUACUGCGUACAGAAAACCAUGAGAUCCAAAUUCAAGGUGGGAGAGGACAAAGAUGCUGGACUAAGCAAAUACAUAAGCAAAGGACUCCCUCUACCAAUCAACACAUUUGCUGGAAUCAUCACCUGACAUGAUGGAGUAACCCUGCAGAGAGGAGAUAGCGGGAAUGGUUGUUGCUUCGAAGAAAACAGAUGUUCAGUCUGACACAUAAAAAGACAAAAGAAAUCACAUUUGAGUCAUACUGACCUGUUCCUGAAACCAAAAGGUUUCAGUUGGCAUAUGUGAAACUUUAGGCCAAAUGCAACACAUACAGUAAGAGUGUGACAUCUUGCAGUCGAUGGAAUAACCAGUCGGCUCUUCAUGAGUGAACGACCAAUGAACAAUGCCAAAGAACAAAAUUGCUUGUGACACUGGAGAGACCGGCAAUAGAAAACAAGUAAGCAAAGAUGUGUAUACAUUAAAGAUUUCAGGACUACUGACAAUUGGAUCACUAAUCAUGUGACAUUAUCACAAACCUCCACAGGCAAUCUGGAAAAUCUGAUUUGAAGGGUUGAUUGUAACCAUUAUCCUACUUCAUGGACACACUACCGUUUACUGCCUUCUUGAAAACACACAUACAUACAUACAUACAUACAUACAUACAUACAUACAUACAUACAUACAUACAUAUAUACAUACAUACAUACAGUACACACAAACUAAUGCAGACAUACAGACUCACCUGGCCUGUCAGUUAUUGAAAUGUGCAGAUUGUUUAAAGCUGGUACGAUGACAGCUGACUAACUUGUUAUUCCACAUACCUGUUACAUGAUGAAAGCUGUUAUGAAGGUGCAAACGAUUGACAUCCGCCUUGGGUUAUGUGCUUGGAAAUGUUCUGGAAAGUUGAACCACUCUGCUCAGUGCAGAAGCUAGAGCCACGUGCAAUGUCGUGGAAUAACUACAGAACAGAAGAAACUUUUGUGUUUCACUGUAUCAGACACACACGGGGAUCAUGCACAGACUGAGCUACAUAAAGUAGCUGUUAGACCUCAGACUGCUGGCUUUGUCCUUGGAGUCACUGUCUACUAACCAGACGUGCAAGAUCCUGUGUUACAUGCUUGAUAAUAUACACGACGAAGAGCUAAACUUGGGGACACUCAAAAUUGAAUCUUGCACGACAAUCAAAAGUAAUACUUGCACACAAACCAGUAAAUGUCUCGUGUAUUAGCCUUGAGGUGUAAAUAAAAAUCACCUCUGACACUGUGGUGUGUUACAGUAGAAAUGAUAAAUGUGCUAAACUGCUUCUAUUUGCACUAAAACUGCAGUUUCCUUGUGGAAGUGGAACUUUAUGUAAAGCAUGUGGUAUGUCAUUACUUACCAUGUCAAAUAUAUGAUAUCCUCUAAGUUACAGAGGGCUGUUCAAGACAAAACACAACACAACUAUAUAUAUAUAUAUAUAUAUAUAUA